AUGCUCAGGUCUACAACCUCCAAGACCUUGGCUGCUUCUACUGCUUGCCUCCUCGCUGGUUAUUCUAUAUAUCGCUACAACAGACGCCAUACAGCACACUCAUCUACUAUUGGUGAGACGCCUGUCAAAACCCCCAGCAAAAUGACUGUAAACCACACUUUUCAGACCCUCUUUGCCGUGCCGCUGUCCUGCGACGUCUGUGUCAAGUCGGUUUCGGACGCGCUCUACAGCCUGGGCGGCAUCACCAAAGUCGAGGGCGACCUCGAGAACCAACUAAUCGCCGUCGAGGGUUCCGCGGCCCCGUCCAAGAUUGUGGAAGCCAUCCAAGAUACCGGAAGAGAUGCCAUCCUGCGAGGCUCCGGAUCCUCAAACAGCGCUGCCGUCUCUAUCCUAGAGAGCUUUGCCGAGUCGGUCCAGCAGGAGAGUGAUGAGGACCCUAGCCGCGAGGUCCGCGGCCUGGCACGCAUGGUCGAGGUCGGCUCUGGUAGGACCCUGGUCGACCUGACGGUUCGAGGCGUCUCACCAGGCACAUACCGCGCCACCAUUCGCCAGUAUGGCGAUCUCAAGCAUGGCGCUGCAUCGACCGGCCCCGUGUGGAAGCAGCAGCAGGAGGAGGAAAGCCAGCCCAAGGGCCUCCUGGGGAUCGUCGAGGUGGGCAAGGACGGCCGCGGUUCCGUCUUUGUGGACCGCGACUUUUACAUCUGGGAGGUCAUUGGCCACGCCAUGGUCCUGACGAAGCAGCAAGACGACGGGCCGCAGCUGAAGAACGAUGCCGACACGGUCGUCGGUGUCAUUGCCAGGAGCUCGGGCAUGUGGGACAAUGACAAGACGGUGUGCUCGUGCACGGGAAAGACGCUGUGGGAGGAGCGCAAGGAUGAGGUGGCCAAGGGCAUGCUGUAG